AUGGCCUCCAAAGUAAAAACAUAUCGACUCGAAAGUGAAAUUGAUAAAUGUCGUGCAGAAAGCUGUUGGAAAAAGUCAGUAGAACUGGCAAAACAAGGCGCCACGAAAUCGGCAGAUUUUGCUACCUUAGUGAUAUUUUUACAAGGAGAAAUGGCCUUAGAGGAAUACAUAGAAGCACAUGACCCAACACAUGAAGUAAAUGCUCUGAAAGCAAGGCAAGAGCUUUUAGAGGCCAACAAUUCACUGGCUUCAUUAGCUGAAGGAAAUUCACAAUUCAAGGAACAAGCUAUACUGUUGCUAGCUAAGGUGCAGUUUUGUCAGGGGUUCUACCAGGUGUGUUUAACAACAUUGGAGAAAGUGGACCUCAUAAAUGUUGCCCUGCGUGAGAGUGAAGGAAAUUCUUUUAAAAACACCAGACUUCUAUAUAUUGUUGCUGAGUGUUUUGCUAUUAAAGGUUACUGCUUGGAAAAAACCAAGUCAGCUAUGAAAACAAAGUUUAAGUUGUCAGAGAGAGAGGAAGAAAUUAUAACCUGUUACGAGACAGCUGGAGAUCUGGCUUUUCUCUGUCUGCAGCAGAAAGAUAAGAGACCAACCACACCCCAGUCAGUCUCACAGACAACAGAGCCCAACAACUUCAUUGUCACAUCUUUGAUUGAAAUGGCUAUCAAACAGGUCCCUGCCUUGCAUUUGAAAAGAGGAGAUGAAACUAAGUGCAUCAACAGAUACAGAGAGAUGCUGCGUGCAGUUGAAUCCAGAUUUGCCCAUGAUAUACGUAAGACACUUGCGCUAGAGCUUGCUCAGCUCCUGCUGCGGACUUGUAGUUCCUCUUCUUACAAAUCAAUAGAUUUAAAAGCCAAAGGUUUAAAUGUUAUAGCCCCCAAGCCUUGCAUCUACUCAUCAGAAAAACUUUUUAUUCCAAAAACUCUUGACGAGGAAGUCCUGUUACUGCUUUUAAUAGCUGAGGCUGUGGCAACACGUGAGGCAGUCUUGGAGAGAAAUGAAGAGACCCAUGAGCUGACUUUAAUCAACAUCACAGCUAUUUAUGACUUGCUGGCGCUCAUCCUGGUCAAACAUGCACAGUUUGGGAAUCUUACCGAGUCUUUUGAGAAGGCAAUGAGAUUUUCCUUCCAGGAAUUUCACAUUUGGUAUCAGUUUGCUAACUCACUUGUGUCAUCCACCAAGUACGCUCAAGCCCUGCUUGUACUAACAGAGUGCCACAGACUAGCCCCAAAGAAUGUGUAUGUCUGCCUCCAAGCAUCUCAGCUGUGCUACGAACACUUACAGUUGAACCAGCAGGGUGUAGACUGGGCUCAGGCAGCUAUCAAAUGUGAUGCCCUGCCACAUCACCUGGCCAGGGGACACAUGGCCUUAGGGAUAGGAUUGUGCUUGGUUGCUAAGGACUCAAGACUCCUGGCGGUCAGACAGGAUUUGAAUCAAAGGGCAUUGGAUGCUUUCAAAAAGGCUCAUGAGUUAGAUCCUGAAGACUACCUCUCAGCAUUCCAUUUAGCUUUACAGUAUGCCAAUCUUCGUAGGAUAAAUGAUGCUAUUGAGUACACCAAAAAAUCUUUGAAACACCGUUGUGACUUCAUACAUUCCCUUCAUCUUCUCACCCUACUGCUGUCAGCAAGGAAACAACAUGAGGAUGCUAUGGUUCUGAUUGAUGCUGCGCUAGACGAGUAUCCUGAUAACUUAAGUUUGCUCAUGACAAAAGCAAAGCUUCAGAAAGUUGUUAAUGGCCCUGAAGAAGCACUUCAAACCUACCAGAAGAUGUUGAAACUCUGGAAAGACAUGCAUGAAAUGGAUAUAGCUGAUGAUGGUUCAGACAGUAAAUCUAAAGCCAGAGAUAGAACAUGGGAUAAAAGAAGCCUUGCUCAGAUUACGCUUAACGAAUUUAAUGAAAGAGGAUCAGGAUCCAUUAGAGCAGAAUCUUUUGCAGCAUCUAGGAUAGAAAAAGCUCUGUCAGAUUUAGCGUCAUCAAUGAAUAGCAGUUUUCAGCCCCGAGCAGGUCCACAGAGGUCCUGGAUUAUACAGGCACAGAUUUGGUUAAAUUUAGCCGAGCUGUACCUUAGCCUGAAUCAGGUUGAAGAAGCUCAAGGCUGUGUUAAUGAAACAUUUCAGCUGUUUCCACAUUCAGUUUAUGUGUUUUUUAUGAAAGGUCUUGUGAACGAGCACAAGGGUAACCUAACUGAAGCUAAAAUAUGUUAUGAGAAUGCUGUGUCUGUGAAUCCCACACAUAGCAAAUCACUGUAUCACCUUGGCAUUGUCUUGCAUAAGCUCGGAGACAACAGAUUAGCAGAAAAAAUAUUAAGAGAUGUUGUGAAUUUAGACCCAUGUUUCCACAAAGCCUGGUUUGUUUUAGGCUCUGUGCUCGAAGCCAUCUGCCAGCCGGAGGACGCAAGCAACUGCCACAUGACAGGUGUGAUGCUGGAAUCCACCUGUCCCAUAGCACCCUUCAACGUUAUACAGAGGGUCAUGACAUAAUUAGAACCUGCCCUAUCAGCUCUAGCUCCCACUGUUGUCCUGGGUUCACUUCAUGCAUGGAACUUGUUGGAAGAGAAUGGUUCCUGUUUACCGGUGCUUAAUUCCUGCUCACUGGCUCAUUUAAAAUCCAUUUAGGUUUUUUUUUUGUAAUGUAUCAUUCCACAAAUACUCAAAAUAUUUUGAAUUUGUUAAAAAUAUUCAUGGAGCCAACGAAUACAUUAGUUAAAUUUCAAUAUUAGAUAUUGAAACAGGGUUACAGAGCUUUAAUUGGUUUGUGGAGGUACUGGUAUGAAUGUGUAAAGGCAGCACCAAUAAAGCAGAAAAACUGACACUGCACUAACUGUACUCUACCUUUUAUAAAAAUAUAUAGCCCAGUUGCACUUCAAUGAAAUAAGUUAAAACUUUAGUAGUUUAUGCCAUAAGUGAUACACAAAUUAAAAAAAUUAAAGGACACUAAAAAAACAAUUUUCCAUAAAAUAGAAUAAAAAAUUAAAUUUUUAAAGCCAGUCAGUAUUUCUUUAUUUUUAUUUUCAUUAUAAUUAUAGCAUGAAAACAUUGAAUCUAUCAUUUUUAAAAUGGUAUAUUAAUAAAGUA